CCUUUAAUCACAGUUAGCUUUUCCUAACUAAACCCAACCUUGGUUAAAGUUAUAAACCCUGGCCACCACCCACCCAAUAAUUCCCCCACUUUUCUCCACAUCCCAAACCCAGAACCCACCUCCCAUUCUUCUUCAAAGGAAAAUCCAAUCGGUUUUUCGUAUCAGAGUUUUCAUGUGAAGGAGAAUUGCAGUUUAAAAGAUGAGUUGCAACGGGUGCCGAGUUCUUCGAAAGGGUUGCAAUGAGAACUGCAUACUCAGACAGUCUCUCAUCGGAAUCGAAAACCCUCAAGCUCAGGCCAACGCCACCCUCUUCGUCGCCAAGUUCUUCGGCCGCGCCGGCCUCAUCUCCUUCCUCACCGCCGUCCCCGAUUCCCAACGCCCCGCACUCUUCCAGUCACUGUUGUUCGAAGCCUGUGGACGGACAGUUAAUCCGGUGAACGGAGCGGUGGGGCUGUUAUGGACCGGAAACUGGAACCUUUGCCAGUCAGCUGUCGAGACGGUGCUUCUAGGCGGCGUAUUACAUCCGAUGCAGGAGUUUUCCGGUGGAUCUCGGGCUGACGACGUCGACGACGCCUCUAAUGCAAGCAACGUCGACUUGUUCAGAUCCCUGAAUAUUCAAUCGGCGUGUAACGCGAAGGAGACAUCCGACCUCGAUCUCAACCUGAACCAGAUCUUUCCGGCGAAGAAGACGGCCGGCGGGAGGGAGAGUCGGCGGCGGGCGGAGACGCCGUCGGAGGAGUCCGACACGACGUCGUUGGGGAGCGGUUUGGGUUAUCAACGGAGCGAAGGAAAGCUUCUGAGAUUGUUCUUCUAGUCGGGUUACCGGAGUUUAUGCCUUGAGGGUUUUCCCCGGUGAUUAUGACCGGCGAGUUUUCUGCGGGGGGUUGUGUCCGGGAACACUCUGAUUUCUCUCACUUGUCGUAUGUGAUGGUAGAGAGAGAAAGAUGAGAGAGAGUUAUCCAGAUACCCACCCACUUGCUUUUAAUUUCAGUUUUACAGUUUACUACUCUGAGUUUGUGAAUUUGCUUCUCACUCCUCUAUUUUGUAGUUGCUACAAUGUAAGAAGGGAAUUUCAUGGAAUGCAAAUUGUAGCCUUCGGGGCAGUUUAUUUUUCAA